CCUAUCAUGAUCGAAUAACAUCUCUAGAAUGUAUGCGCUUGUAAGCACUUCAAGUUGAGUUGCCUCGGUAUUUGAAAACCAGAAGGGGUAUGGCGGCUGUCGUCACGAUUGAAUUACCGGCCGUUCUUGUCGUCCUGGUCUCUGUUAUGGUACCUGUCGGGGAAACGGACUACAUGAGCAACUCGCACAAGGGGAAUACACAUAAACAUAACUGUGGGGCUGUUAGGACUUUGAAGCAUCUUAUCAUGUUUAUUUAUAAAACUGCUGCUUCACGGGUGCAGUUGGCAUGCCUUGCGCAAGAUUUUUUCACUGGAUAGUGGCGGAGAAACAAGAUGGAGAAUUUGAACGGUCAGUGAGAACAGAUAUCAAUUCACAUGUCAUGCAAAAAACCAUCAGUUUCACGUCCACUUUCAGCUGUGCCCCAAACAUCCGUAUCAUUACCGGC